AUGGAAUGGGCCCCUGCCUCUGUUCAGAAUAUCUCUGAUGAUGAUUCUGAUGAUGUUCCAUUGACUGCUUCUCUUCCUGAUAGUGUUGCUGCCAGGAUCAAGAGAAAAAGAAGGGUUCCUGAUGUUGAAGAAUCUCAUGUACCAAAGAAGAAGUCCAAGACCACUCCAGCGACUUCCAAGUCUAAGCAAAGAGAUGUGAAAGGAAAAAGUAAGCAAAAGGAGGUUAAAGCCAAGAGUGCCAAGAAGAAGAAGGUUCCAGUUGCUGCUGAGGAAUCUGGGUCAGAUGUUGAGGAAGAUGUCGAGGACAUCUUGCCUUCUGAGAAGAAGAAGUAUGCAGGGAAAUGCAUUCCUCAGAAUGUCCCUGCUGUUCCUAUUGACAAUGUGUCUUUCCAUGAUGAAGGACUUUCUGAAAGUGUUGAGUUCAGAAAAGUGUAUGUGAGGGCUAAGUGUGUUGAGUUCUCUCCUGCUGUGAUCAACAAAGCACUUGGUAGAAGUGAUGUUGAUUUUGUUGAUGAGGAAUUGUCCUUGGAUGUGGUUUCCAAGGAGAUUACUACUGGCCAAGUCAAGAAGUGGUCCAUCAAGAAGUUGUUGUCCACUGGAAAUCAGAGUGUGAAGUAUGCAUUCCUUAACAGGAUUGGGGUUGUGAAUUGGGUUCCUACCCAACAUACUUCUGGAUUUUCUGCUACUCUUGCCAGAUUGAUCUACAGAAUUGGCACUUCAAUUGAUUUUGACAUUGGAUCUUUUAUGUUUGGGCAGACAUUGAAGCAUGCUGGCACUUGUGCUGUGAAGUUGUCGGUCUCAUUUCGAUCUCUUCUUACAGAGAUCAUCCUCCAGCAGCAUCCUCAGAUCAUCAGGGCUGAUGAGGUUGUUAUGCCCAAGGGUGUUCCAAUUACCCUGGAUCAUCAUCGGGAUCGCAAGAGUAAAGUGUACUCGAGCAUUCCCUUUUCAUCCCCAGGUAAUCGACCUCUUAACCUAAGAAUGCGAAGAAUAAUGAUGCAAACCACACGAAACAUACAUAACAUGCAUAGUUGGCAGACGGAUCCACUGCAUAAGUCUACAGACAAACAGACAACACAUAAGGAGGACAUAGAGCCCUCAAGCACAUAG